CUUUAAGGCCAAAGGCCCCGCCAGAAGAUCUACAUCAAGGAGGAUUUAAAAUAACCUUCGUCUACCACAAGGACACGAGUCAACCACGAGCCCCUCUAUAUUUAGCCCAUUCAACUGCUCCGCGGCGUGAGAGACAUGAGCGACGCAUAAAAUCAGCAACAGCGCCAUAUGGCGCACCAUUCUUGAGCGCGAGAGAAUGAAGAAAUGGCGCGAGCCCCGGCUUCGGCACGCCUCCUCGUGUAGCGGUCACGCUAUAGCCCUACAGUGAUCGUCGUGGUUCACUGCUCGCGGAAGACCAACGGGCAAUGUCCAGUGUGUCGGGUGCCCCAUCGCACGGGGUCCCACUCGGCGAGCGAAAGUCCGACUCGGUGACGCUACCGCCUCCGCUGACCGCCAAGGACCCCGCCUGUUUCGCUUACAAGACAGUGCGAGAGAGGCUGGCCGUCAUCUUGACCAAAACCAUGGACACCGCCACCAACGACGCGGCCGCGCAGAUGGGACCCGAGGCGCGCGAGGAGACAAAGCUCGUCGUGGUACGCCUGUCCAAGUUGCGCGACGAGAUCACCGCCAACAAGCCGCUGGUUGCCCUCGAGGACGACUUCGAGGAUGCGGCAGUGUGGAACGCUGUGCUCGACAAGUAUACGGCCGACGGCAAGGGCAGCCCGCCACGCUGGUACGAUGCGCCGUGGCUGUACUUCGAGACCUACUUCUACAGGCGUAUCUUCGGAGCGUUCUACAUGUCUGCGAAGUUGAAGGAUUAUGAUUACUUUGCCAAGUUCAAGCGGGAUGCGCUGGAUGGCGCGAUCAAUGCAGUGUGUAUCCUGGUCGACUCUGCCAGCUCGAACGCGCACCGGGACGCUGCUCCGACGGCCCUCAAGCAGGCCACUCGCAGGUUGAUUGAAAUGUCUCUGUGGGGCAACCGAUGUGACCUGUCUCUCUCAUGUGGUGCCGACGCGUCAAGUCAAGCCAAUGCUUUGCAACAGACUGACGGACUUCGGCCCUUCAUCAUUUCCAACCACACCGACAAGCUGCUGGAGCACAUAUGCAAGCUUCGCGAACGAAAUCUCGGUGGCAAGCCGACGCGGCUGCACUGCGUGAUGGACAACUCGGGCUACGAGCUGUCCGCGGACUUGACCCUCUUCGACUUCCUACACGUGACGGGCUACGUGGCCGGGGUGACGAUCCACGUCAAAGCCAUACCGUAUUACGUGUCGGACGUGAUGCGGCGCGACUUGAUGUGGACUCUGCGGAAGAUGCAAGAAAGCGAGCACGAGUCGAUGCGAGCGCUUGGAGAGCGAUGCCAGCGCCGAAUCUGUGACGGUGUUUGGUCCGUGCUGGACGACAUCUUUUGGACGCAGCCUCUCGACUACGCCCAUAUGGCGACGCGGCGACCCGAGCUGUACAAGAUCCUGCAGUCGGCGGACUUGGUGUUAUUCAAAGGGGACGUCAACUACCGUAAGCUAGUGGGAGACCUCGAGUGGGACCCGUCGGUUCCCUUCCAGCAGGCGCUCAGAGGCUUCGAACCGACAUUCCUGUGCACCCUCCGCACCAUUAAGUCGAACACUGUGGCGGGUGUAGAGAAAUCUGUUGUCUGCGAGGUGGCGCAGCGAUCGCCGGACUGGAUGAUUACGGGCGAGUACGCGGUGAUACAGUGCGCGGGAACGGCACCUCGAUCAUAAGAGGCCGAUCAUACCGACGCCUCUGAGCAGCAUACAGUGGACUUGAUAUGUUUUGCCGAUUCGUGAAAAAAGGGGUGUGUGCAUUAAAUGAACUUAGCAGUUUAAGUUUCUCGCUUGAACGUUUCUGUUUGCACGCCCAAAAUACGCCUUGCAACAAUUUCAAGAUCCAUAUCGCAGUUUCAUGCGGCUAUGAUGCCAUUAGCAUGCAUGCGCGCAUGGUUUACACGCACGCACGCACGCAAAUCGAUCUAAUUACAUCAGCUGAACAAUCAAUGAUGGAAAGAUGGUUGAGACCUUUUCAAGGCCG